UUUAUUUAUUUCGAAUUGAGUUUGCGUUAUUCUGAGGCGCAAAGAAAGGAAUAAAAGUUGAAUGAAAGAGUGUGUAGUGUGACAGUGUUUGUUUUUUGCUUUUCGAUCAAUUCCCAUUUCCUCUCUUCUCUUCUGCGAAUCUCGUUUCCUUACUCUGGAAAACAUGGGAAGAAACAAGUUGCUAUGUUUGUUUGUGUCAACCCUGUUGUUGCUUUCUGUGGUGUCAUGUGCACCCAAUGAUGAUGGGCUGCACAGGAUUGGACUGAAAAAGAUUAAACUGGACAGAAACAACAGGCUUGCUGGUAGAAUUGGAACCAAGGAAUCUGAGUCUUUUAGAGCUUCCAUUAGAAAGUAUCACCUCCAAAACAACUUUGUUGACACUGAGGAAACUGAUAUUGUUGCCUUGAAGAAUUACUUGGAUGCUCAGUAUUAUGGUGAAAUAUCCAUUGGAACCUCUCCUCAGAAAUUCACUGUUAUUUUCGACACCGGAAGCUCGAACUUGUGGGUUCCAUCAUCUAAAUGUACCUUCUCGGUUGCAUGCUACUUCCAUGCCAAGUACAAGUCCAGCAGAUCAAGUACUUAUAAGAAAAAUGGGACUGCUGCUGCAAUUCAAUAUGGUACUGGAGCAAUUUCUGGUUUCUUUAGUUAUGACAGCGUUAAAGUUGGUGACAUAGUUGUAAAGAACCAGGAAUUUAUUGAAGCAACUAAGGAGCCUAGUGUUACAUUUUUGGUGGCCAAGUUCGAUGGUAUACUUGGGCUUGGAUUUAAAGAGAUAUCAGUUGGAAAUGCUGUUCCAGUGUGGUACAAUAUGGUUGAACAAGGUCUUAUCAAGGAGCCUGUAUUUUCGUUUUGGCUCAACCGUAAACCAGAGGAAGAGGAAGGCGGUGAGAUUGUUUUUGGUGGUGUUGAUCCUGCCCACUACAAGGGAAAUCACACUUACGUGCCUGUGACAAGAAAAGGAUAUUGGCAGUUUGACAUGGGAGAUGUACUCAUUGACGGUAAAUCAACUGGAUAUUGCGCUGAUGGAUGUUCAGCCAUUGCGGACUCAGGAACUUCUUUAUUGACAGGUCCAACGACUGUGAUUACCAUGAUAAACCAUGCAAUUGGAGCAUCUGGAGUUGUAAGCACAGAAUGCAAAGCCAUUGUUGCGGAGUAUGGACAGACAAUCAUUGACCUGCUUUUGGCUGAUGCAGAGCCCAAGAAGGUCUGCUCCCAAAUUGGAUUGUGCACUUUUGAUGGGACUCAUGGUGUUAAUGGGGGUAUCGAGAGCGUAGUGGAUGAGAAUGAUAGAAAAUCGUCUGGCCGUGGUCUUCAUGGUGCUGGUUGUUCUGCUUGUGAGAUGGCGGUUGUUUGGAUGCAGAAUCAGCUGGGCCAAAAUCAGACACGAGAUCAGAUACUAAGCUAUAUCAAUAACCUUUGUGAUAAAAUGCCUAGUCCAAUGGGAGAAUCAGCUGUUGACUGUGGGAGUAUCUCUUCUCUGCCUGUCAUUUCCUUGACAAUUGGUGGAAGAACUUUUGAUCUUGGUCCAGAGGAGUACAUACUCAAAGUGGGAGAAGGUCCUGCGGCUCAGUGCAUUAGCGGCUUUACUGCUAUGGAUAUUCCUCCUCCACGUGGACCUCUCUGGAUCCUUGGAGAUGUGUUCAUGGGGCGUUAUCACACAGUCUUUGAUUUUGGUAAAUCGAGAGUUGGAUUUGCUAAAGCAGCAUAGGGAAUGGUCUUGUGUCUCAGAAUAUAGUGAUCAACUUUAUUUGCUUUUAGUUUACUGUUUACAUACCCUUGCAAUUCAUAUAAUAGACCUAAAGUUCAGGGCUUGUAUAUAGUAACACCUUGGAUGUCUCUCCCUCAUGAAUGAACAAAACUUGACCAUGAGCUUUAUACUCA